UCCUCAUUCCAAAACGUGUACUGUAUAUCUCAACAUCGUUUGAGGAAAAUAUAAGCGCUUCAUUGAUGCAUAUCUUGCCAUCAUUGUUGUCCGUAUGUGUGUUUAAGUUUUUUUUUUUUUUUUUGUUAGUCAGUUUCCCCACAUGGAUUGUAUAUUUCAAAUAUAGUGCAAAUUAAACUGCAGGAUUGAAAAAAAAGCAUGGCCACUGGACCAAACCCUAGCGGCCGUUCAAGGUUUGCAAAACUCGGAAUGGCAAUAAACGAAGAACUGACCCAGGCCUGUAGAGACGUCUUACAAAUGGAGGUACCUCCUGGGCUUGUCUACAACAAAGUGAAAGCAUCAUCAAUUUAUAAGAAUAUACGUCCAGAGCAAGAACUUCGUCUUAUAGGUGCCAAAACUGAUGGUUAUAAAGAAUUUGAUAUUACAUUGUUAUAUACACUGAUAAGAAACAUAUGUACAAAGAUUCCUCGUCCAACAAAAGGUUGGGGUGGGAACACGAUGCCGUCCGUAGGAGAAACAACGAUCGGCGAUGACGUUGAGAGGAUCAGGAUGAUAAGAAACAACAUGUUUGGACACAUUAGCUCGGCUUCUACCUCACAGACAGUGUUUGAUGACACGUGGUCAAUCAUAACUGAUAUCUGCCAAAGACUGCAAACGUACACAAACAAAGACUACAUGUCUGGACUGAGUAAUAUUCAAAGUCAGGCCUUAGAAGAGGAGUACGAAACAACAGUCAUAGAAAAACUUAAGGAAGAUUAUAAGAAUAACCAAUCUCUAAUGGAAAAGUUAUCUUCUGUGGAACAGGACGUGCUUGAAUUGAAAACAAAAUCAGAAAACAAAGAAAACACAUUGGUAAAAGAAAUUCUCAAGAAUUGGCGAGAAGACGAUAUUGCCUUCAUUCCUACAAGAGCAAGUGAAGUGGUUCAAGAAAAGCUUAAAAGUCAUAACCUUAUUACGGUGGUUGGAAAUUCUGGGUCAGGAAAAUCUGCAAUCAUUCAGCAUAUUGCACUUAUUCUUAAAGAGCAGGGAUGGAAUAUCAUACCGGUGGAUAAGGUGAAAGAAAUUAAAAAGAUCUGUUCAACAAGAGUCUCAGAAAAUCGGAUAUUAUUUGUAUUCAAUGAUCCUCUAGGUAAGGAAUCCUUAGAUGAAAUUUUAUAUAAUUCAUGGAAAAAUUUAGAGAAAACGCUAGAGAUUUGCUUGAAGAAAAAUAAACUAUUGUUAUCAUGUAGAAGGUGCGUCUUUUAUGACAAGAGAAUAAAGGGUAAUUUAUUGGACGAAUCCACUGCAAUAGAAAUUGACAGCAAAGAACAUGGACUGACUGUUAAAGAGAAAAAAGCGAUUUUAAAUCAGUAUUCACAGAAUCUGAAAUUAUCCGAGGAGGUUGUAACGGAAAUAGUUAAAACAGAAGCUUACUUCCCAUUGCUUUGUAAGCUUUUUUCGAUGGAGACAAACUACAAAGAAAAAGGUGUUGAUUUCUUUAAAAAUCCGUACAGAUUUAUUAAAAAGGAAAUAGAAAUUUGGAAAAAAACAGACAAAAAAAGAUUUUGCUCACUCAUCUUGAUAGUAGCUUUUAAAAACAAUUUAAAAAUCGAUGCUUUUGUUAAAAAUGAUAUUUGUUUGAUAAAAUUUAAGGAAGUUUUAGGAAUGUGUGAGUUACAAGAAAAUACACACAUAUCAGUAAUUCGUAGUACUCUACAUGAACUGAAAGGAUCUUAUGUCAAACGUGUAGGAAAUUCUUUCCAAUUCUAUCACGACUUUAUUUUGGAGAUAACAACUCUGGUGUUUGGUGUUGAUUGUCCAAAAGAGACAAUACAGUACGCAGACAGUGGUUUUCUGAGACGUCGGGUGAGGAUAGAAGACGAUACAGAAGAAGAAUCCCGCAAUCCCUUCACUGUUUACCUUCCUGAAGAGUACAUUGAUGAUCUUGUGGACAGGUUUAUCAUUGACAUGCAAACAGAACACCUUAUAGAUGUCUUACACAAUCCAUGUUUGAGGAAAGAGAGUGUGAUCAAUUCUUUCAAGGAAAAAGUGGAUUCGUUUGAAAAUCUUCUUGUAAAAAUUAAGUGUGAAAAAGACAUAUCGGAAUUUCAAAGUUCAUUUGAAAGAUCUUUUUUCACAAGACUUGAUUUCCUUUAUUCAUUUGAAAGUGAAAUAUGCCCUUUAGUUGGUCUUACUGUAUUUUGUCAUUCUGACAUUUCUUCAUUUUUCAUAAAAAAAAUCCCUGAAACAAAGCUAAAAGAAUAUCAUAUAUUUACUGCUAUAUGUGCGAAUGGCGAUUUAAAUCUACUAAAUUCUCUCAGUGAAGAAUAUAAAAAAACAGCAAUGAUGGAAAUAUGGGAUGUCUUUUUACCAAUUCAUGUUGCUUCAGUUUUUCAUAACUUUUCAAUAGUAGAGGAAUUAUUACGACUUGGUGCUGACGUAAAUAAGUUAACAACUGGAGACCUGUGGAAUCCGUUAAUACUUGCAGCUGCAAAUGAUGAAGAGCAUUUCAAAGAAACCAACACAAAAACUAGAGAAAGACGUGAAAAUACAACUAUAUCCUUACUGAGCAACAGUGAUAAAAUCAAUUUAUGUGAUAUAAAGAAUGGAGAUAGUCAUCCUUGUAAGGCUUAUUACAGAGGGCGUGAUAGCACGCCUCUUUAUAUAGCUUGUCAAAAUGGACAUGAAAGCACGUUACAACUGUUACUGAACAACGGUGCUGACAUCAAUUUAUGUAAAAAUGAUGGAGCCAGUCCUCUUUAUAUAGCUUGUCAAAAUGGACAUGAUAGCACGGUACAACCGUUACUGAACAAGGGUGCCGACAUCAAUUUAUGUGAGAAGAAUGGAGUCAGUCCUCUUUAUAUAGCUUGUCAAAAUGGACAUGAUAGCACGUUACAACUGUUACUGAACAACGGUGCCGACAUCAAUUUAUGUGAUAAUGAUGGAGCCAGUCCUCUUUAUAUAGCUUGUCAAAAUGGACAUGCUAGCACGGUACAACUAUUACUGAAUAACGGUGCCGACAUCAAUUUAUGUCACAAGGAUGGAGCCAGUCCUCUUUAUAUCGCUUGUCAAAAUGGACAUGAUAGCACGUUACAACUGUUACUGAACAACGGUGCCGACAUCAAUUUAUGUAAAAAUGAUGGAGCCAGUCCUCUUUAUAUAGCUUGUCAAAAUGGACAUGAUAGCACGGUAAAACUGUUACUGAACAACGGUGCCUACAUCAAUUUAUGUAACAAGAAUGGAACCAGUCCUCUUAAUAUAGCUUGUCAAAAUGGACAUGAUAGCACGGUACAACUAUUACUGAACAACGGUGCCGACAUCAAUUUAUGUGAUAAUGAUGGAGUCAGUCCUUUUUAUAUAGCUUGUCAAAAUGGACAUGAUAGCACGGUACAACUAUUACUGAACAACGGUGCCGACAUCAAUUUAUGUGAUAAUGAUGGAUUUAGUCCCCUUCAUGUAGUUUGUAACAAUGGACAUGAUAGCACGGUACAACUGUUACUGAACAACGGUGCUGACAUCAAUUUAUGUAUCAAGAUUGGAGUCAGUCCUCUUUAUAUAGCUUGUCAAAAUGGACUUGAUAGUAUUGUACAACUGUUAGUGAACAACGGUGCCGACAUCAAUAUAUGCAACAAGAAAGGAAUCAGUCCUCUUUAUGUAGCUUGUCAAAAAGGACAUUAUAACACAGUACAACUGUUACUGAACAACGGUGCCGACAUCAAUUUAUGUAAGAAGAAUGGAGUCAGUCCUAUUUGGAUAGCUUGUCAAAAUGGACAUAAUAGCACGGUACAACUGUUACUGAACAAGGGUGCCGACAUCAAUUCAUGUAAGAAUGAUGGGGUAAGUCCUCUUUUUACAGCUUGUCAAGAUGAACAUGAUAGCACGGUACAACUGUUACUGAACAACGGUGCCGACAUCAAUUUAUGUGAUGAAAAUGGAGCCAGUCCUCUUUAUAUAGCUUGUCACAAUGGACAUGACAACAUAUUACAACUGCUACUGAACAAUGGUGCCGACAUCAAUUUAUCUACGAACAAUGGAGCCAGUCCACUCUAUAUAGCUUGUGAAAAUGGUCAUGAUAACAUGGUACAACUGUUACUGAACAACGGUGCCGACAUCAAUUUAUGUGAUAAUGAUGGAUUCAGUCCUCUUUUUAAAGCUUGUCAAAAUGGACAUGAUAGCACGGUACAACUGUUACUGAACAACGGUGCUAACAUAAAUUUACGUGAUAAAGAUGGAAUCAGUUCCUUUUAGGUAGCUUGUGAAAACCUCACAUUCCAGCACAAUUGAACCUCUAUUAAAUUCAGGUGCUGAUGUAAAUUUAUGCAAUAAAGGUCACUGCAGUCCAUUGUACCUAGCAUGUCUCAAGGGUGAUGACAGUAUGGUUAAACUUUCAUUGAACAAAGAUGCAGACAUCAAUUUAUGUGACAAUGUGGGAACCAGUCCACUCUACAUAGCCUGUGAAAGUGGACAUUACAGCACGGUCGAAUUAUUAUUAUUAAGAAAUGAAACUCGUGUUAAUUUAUGCAAUAAAGACAAUAAGAGUCCACUGUAUAUAACAUACUUAUAUGGACAUGACAGUAUCGCUGGACUUUUACUACAAUUUGGUGCUGAGUUUUUAUUCUGAAGAUGGAAUCAAUGGUUUCUCAACACCAAGUGUGUUCACAAUAUUUCUGAGAUAUGGGGCAAAAAUAAAUUUAAGCUUUCAUAAGACCUUGCAAAAAUGUUAGAAUGCUUGGAAAUCGUGUUUUAUAUUUAGUUUACAAAUAUUUAUUGCUUUUAAAAAUUUGUGUGGAUUCUUUUUUUUCUUUUGAAUUUAGUAAUUAUUGCAGUACUGUUAAUCGCCAAAUUUUCUGUGACAAUUGAUUCUUUUGAGAUGGAUACUGAGUAUGUAAAAGCGAGAUGAAGAUAUUGCACUUAAAAGGAUUUUUUUCUCUAGAGUUUUUUUGUUGUUAUUUAAUAGUUAUACUUUUAUAUGCAAUAAUUAUUUUAUUUUUUUUAUUUGUAAGAAAUCACAAAAAAGUUCUUUUCAAUAAAAAGUUUACGUAUUCACAGACAUUUAUUUAGCUAACUUAGUUUUUAUGUCAGAUGGCUUUCUUUAUUAUAUUGUACUACUACUAUUUAAAGGUUUAAGCUAUAAAAAAAUCAUUCCAAUUAAGCGUCUUGUUUCAAGAGAGCAAAGUCUUCCGGCUACAUAAAUCUUUUUGUUCUUGUAAGCAGCAAGGGAGCAGUCGUUAUUUGAUAUAAAGCUAAACCAUAGCACUGUGUUUUUGUAAUAUUUAAAUUUAUUGUGUCAGAUGAGUAAUGAUUAUUUAUUUGGGUGCAAUUAAGGGCUUUAUUUAAAAAAAUCUUAACUAUAUAUAGGUGACACAUGUGUUCGAACUGUUAUGUUUUCAACAUAUAGUUAUAUUCUGUUGAUUAAUCGAAAUUCGUUUGAAAAAAAUUAUUUAAUUGUAUAAAGAUUAUAUGUUCGGGGUGGGUGGGGGGUUAUUUAUCAAAUAUUCCUUAAUAUGUACAGAUCAUCACGGCAUGUGUCUUUUAAGCCCCUGAACAACAAUUAGCCGAAGAAGGUACGCAAAAUUCUAUGAAAUAAAAAUUCUCGUCACAGACACAUUUCUUUUUUUUAAUGCAUGUUUUGCAAUUGUCGAUAUAUAAUUGAUUUCUUUUUUUUUCUUUUCUUUUCUUUUUUGAAAUUGAAAAUGUGUGCACAUUUAUUAAUUUUGUGUGUUGAUUUCAUUUAUAGUGCUUUGAUUUAUAUUGUGCAUUGUUUGAAUUUGAGAAUGUCUGUACAUGUAUAUUAAUUUUGUAUUGAUUUUGUUUGUUGAUUUCUUUUAUAGUGUUUUGAUUUAUAUUAUGCAUUGUUUGAACUUGAAUAUGCCUGUACAAUGUACAUGUAUUAAUUUUGUAUUUGUUUGUUUGUUUGAUUUUUUUAUAGUUCUUUGUUUGAAAUCAUGCAUUGUUUAUUAAUCGUCAUUCGGGAUUAUUCAUUCCGUUUUGUUAGAAUAGGAAGAAUGAAGGAAUGUUGAAAAUAUAUAUGUUUGUGCAAAAUUGUUUCUCUGAGUUAAUCUAAAAUUACAUAUCGACAAUUACAGCACGAUUUUACAAUUGAAUUUGAAAUUUAAAAUGAUGCAAUAAUCUGGCAUACGUUAUUGUGAAACAUGCAAAUUUUGUUUAUGUUUGAUACUGUAUAUAGUACAUGUCAAUAUAUUUUCAAAGUUGUAUGUUAUGCAGUUUUAUAUUGUGUGUUUAUGUGUCAGAAAAUAUAAACUAUCCUUAAAUGAUUUCAUACUGAUUGCUAGAUCAUCAUUAAUACGCUGCAUUAUCGUCCGUUUUUUCAGGCAAUAACUAACAGAGUUAUGCCUUUUGGACUUAGAAAAAAUAUAAUUACUUGGCAGGGAUGGGGAUUGGAGAUGGGUUGUCUUAACUGUUUCACAUACUGCUUGCUAAAGUUUUUUUGCGUAGAUUGUUUUUCUGU